UUAACAGACACCUGUCUCCUAACUCCUCCUACCUUCCCCCAACUCCAAGCACACCAUCAAAAUCCAAGCUCUCCCUCCCUCACAAAUGGAGCUCCACUUCCAGGUGCAGCCCCCAGUGCUCCAGCUCCAGGACUACUGCUACUACUACCACCAGCAGGAGGCCAUCGCUGCCACGGCGCAGGCAGCCAAGCCCACGAAGCCGCGGGGCCGGAAGAAGGGCGGCAGCAGCCACAGCAAGUUCGUGGGCGUCCGGCAGCGGCCGUCGGGGCGGUGGGUGGCCGAGAUCAAGGACACCACGCAGAAGAUCCGCAUGUGGCUCGGCACCUUCGAGACCGCUGAGGCCGCCGCCCGCGCCUACGACGAGGCCGCCCGCCUCCUCCGCGGCGCCGAGGCCCGCACCAACUUCGCCCCCCGCAUCUCCCCCGACUGCCCGCUCGCACUCCGCAUCCGGGGUCUCCUCCACCACAAGAAGCUCAAGAAGGCCAGGGCGCCCGCGGCCUCCACCAAGAUCCCUUCUUCCUCUCCACCGGCCGCUCCCACAAGCAAUAGCAAUAGCAAUAGUAAUAGCGGCAGCAGCAGCACUAGCAGUAGCAGCAGCGGGGUGAGCUGCGAGGAGGGCGCCGUGAAGCAAGCGGUGGUCGACGCAGGGGAGGUGUACAGGCCGGAUUUUGUUUCGGAGGAGCUGGAGCCUUGGAUGUUCGAGCCGGCGGCUUUGGGGGGAGGCCAGUUCACGGAGCUGGACGCCUUCGUGGCGGUCGACGGCGGCUGCGCGGCGGCGUCGGCGGCCGGGGAGGAGUCGACGCCUACGGCGGCGGCGGGAGGGAUGGCGGAGUUCGAGCGGAUGAAGGUGGAGCGGCGGAUCUCGGCGUCGCUGUACGCCAUGAACGGCCUGCAGGAGUACUUCGACAAGGUGUUCGACGCGUCCGCCUGCGACCCGCUCUGGGAUCUUUCGCCACUGUGCCACUAGCUAGUUCGGCUUCGCGACGCCGACCCGGCCGGCCGCCGUCGACCGGGCGUUGGAGUGUUGUCCUCUGUAGGCGAAGAUGCAUCAGUCUUGCGUCAGCGUGUGUGCGUGUGUGCGUGUCAACUUGGGUUUUUUGCUGCGGCCAGGCAGUGCAGUGUAAAGAGGAAACCUGUUCUUAGAUUUCCGCUCGUUGCAUUCGGUGCAACUUUUGUGCGAAAUGCUUCAAAUUUGCUUCAAACCACCGCGCAUUCCAUGA